AUGCCAGCAAAUUUACUGGCUCAACAGCUUGAAUCCUUUUUGAAAGGAUCAUCGAAUAUUACUCGAGAGGAAUUUUAUAAACCAGAUAAUACGAGUUGUAAUUUUACAACAGCUUUUUCAACAAUGGGCUUUCAUCGGAAAAUGAUGAAUGAAUAUUUGGCGUCAAACUUUUUGGCCAAACAAAUCUUAACGGAGUUUCCAUUGGAUAAUGUUCAGCCGAUAGAAAGACGAAUUGGGUCACCAUCAAGUAAUUCAACGGAUGAUACAAUAAGUUCGAAUAAGAGUAACCAUCAUCGUCAAGGGAAAUAUAUUCAGAAUGAAAUGCUUGAAGAUCCUGGUUCGGCUAGUUAUCGCAGUUGGUUGGAUAAAACAACGACCCUGGAGGACAUUCAACGUCAGUUAACAGACAAUACCAAUAACCCAGUCGCCGAUUUCAAGCCUUUACAGCAGGGAACUAACCCUAAUAGAAAAAGCAUUGAAAGUGAAGAUGAAGAUGAAGAGGACUUUGAUGAAGGUGAUAUUACCGGAUAUGCUUAUAGUGGAGGGGCAGCAGUUGACCCUGUUCCCAACUAUCCAAAUGUCCUACCACCACCACGUCAUCAUCUACCCUUCGAUGCUACCAACAAUGUACAACUCAUUCAACCAGCUUUACCCACUGCUGGCAGUAAAAAUGGCUACUAUCCCCCAAGUGGACAAGAAAAUAGCUACGAGCACGGCUACGGCGGCGGCCAAACUCAUCAGGUUCAGGCGCAACCUAUAAAAACAAUCAGCAAAGAAAUUGGUCUGAAAGAUAUCUUGGAUAUAGCCCUCACAACGCUGGCGUUUUUGUCCUUUGGAAUGUUUAUUCUUCAAGUUUUGAUGUGCAUAACAAUGAAUAAAGAAGAUACCAGUAGCAUGAUGAUGAUGCCAAUGGAAGCUACAGAAAAUGUCAAUAUGAUGAAUCCAAACAAUGAAGCUACAGAAGAGAUUCGAAGACGCAAAAGAAGUUCCCCAGAAAAUCAAAGAAUGCAAAUGAUGAAUGAACUAUCCCGUCGUGUUUUGCAUUCAAUUGAUGCAGUUUUAAUAAUGCCAAAAGAUGAUGGACGAUGUCAGUAUCAUUCAUUGUGUGAAAUCAAUAAAUUUGCUCGUCAACAGAAAAACGGUCAAAAAAUUUGGAUACCCAUGUGGAGUUUGGGAAUCAGCUGGUUCUCGUCCAAGAUGGUGUCAGCAAAUUCAACAACCACUAAUCCCAUUUUGCAAAGUUUGAAGGCAGCUGUUGUUGGAUUAGGUAAUGGUGACUGCAAUAAAAUUUACCGCAGCUGUCAAAUGGAAAUUAUUGCAGAUGAACGAAAGAAAAUGGCAAUGCGAAUAAAAAAACGAGAUUUAAGGGACCAUGUUGACCAGAAAAAUAUAAAUUCAUAA